AUGGAUCCCUCAGCCACCAAAGCCACACUGAAAGCGCUGGGCUUGUGCGCCGUGCUGCUGGUGGUGGUGGCGGCCAUCACCGUCUCCGUGGCUGUGAUGGUGUGGCGCUCCGAAGCGGCCCGACAGCUGAAAGCCUGCCGGGAACGGGUGUCGAACGAGACGGCGGCCUUGACAGACCGGGUGGCCGAGCUGGAAAAGGAAAGAGCUGGGCACGGGAAGCAACUGGACAAACUGGCCCAGAGGGAGAAAGACCUGCAGAAGCAGCUGAGCCAAGCCAAAGGUGGCCAGAAGAGGCUCAAUGCCACCUUGAUGGGCUGCUUGGAGAACGUGACCCUUUUGGAUGCCAACCUGUCAGCCCUCCGCAAUGAAAUGUCCACCCUUCAGGCCGAAGGGAUGGAGAUGGACAGUCGGAACAGCGCCUUGCUAGUGGAAAGGGCCCAGUGGCAGCAGAAGGUGGCAGGCCUGGAAGAGAGACUAGAGUCGGCUGCGGGAGGGCGGGCCGCUGCGGAGGCGGAGAGGGAACACUGCGAUGCCCGGGAGAAGGCGCUCCAGGAAAGCGUGCAGAGCUACCUGUCUGAGAUCGCCUCCCUCCAGCGCCGCCUCCACGGCCGCUUCUCCUCCACCCGCCGCAGGUGCCUGCCGUUCGGGUACUUAUUGUGGGGGCUGGCAAGCUUUUGCGUUCUGUACCCGCUCGAAGGGCUGACUUCUCUCUUCUAGAACGUACCAGCACCUUUGAGGUGAUGGGAACGGAUGGGAGAUUGUGUAAUCCCAUUCCCCCCCUCAAAGCCUAAAUGUUCCAAUCAUGGAUCUACACCAUAUUCGGCCGCAACCUUUGGGAAAUGAUGCUUUUUUGGUGGGAGGGGGGCACAGGGGUGAUGAACCAGCUCAGAGUCCUCCAGAAGAUCAAAGCUGGAUUACUCGGAUCUCUGGGGUUGCAAUUUCGUGCUCAAUUAAAAGGCUGCUUUCCUACCAUCCCCAGCUGGCUGUUUCCCUUCCUCUCUCUCCAGCUUUCAUUCUCACCCAUGGAAGCAAGGAACAAACACCACAGUCUAAAGGGGGAAUGGAGAAAGCUCACGUCCAGGGGCCAAAUGUGGCCCUCAGGACUCGCUCCGCACACCAGCAGCCCUGCAUUGCCCUCAUAUUUUUCUCUGCAGUUUCUGCAAGCAGCUUCUCCUGUGCUGUGCAUGAGUUGACCGCCAGA